CCCUGGCUGCUCGAACCAGGCUGUAAUCGGGCCAGCCAACACCACAAAGGACUUGAUGACUUGGAAAUCGCACGGACAGAGAUCUCCGAAGCGAGAGUAGGUAGCGAGCUCCGUGGAGAGGGGGAAGUGCUCUGGGAGAUUUAUAGGACCCAAGCGCACGUCACCACAGACAUAAAAAUUAGGGUCUUUAAAGAUUAUUUACCUCGUAAACUGGGGGUGACCGAGGGAGAGCUGACAUCGGGAGAAGUGCAUUGA